AUGGAAGGUGCGGUAACUGCAAACGGAAAUUCAGCACGACAGCCUAAAAAGCCAGCAAUACAUUUGGCAACCAGAAAAGCGGUAAAACCAAAACGGUUAUCGAUUUCGGAUACAAAUCCGGUUGUACAUAAAUUAAAAAAUUUUUCUGAAAAUACCACUGCACACGGUAUUCGAAGAAUAUUUACUGCACGUAACGCCUAUACCACACGAAUAUGGCUGUUGGUGAUACUUGCUUGUUUAGCUGUACUGUUUUAUCAAGGCCAGCAACUGUAUCAUAAGUUUAUACGUUAUGAAAAAAAUACUAAACUUGAGCUGAAAUUCAGUCAAAUACAAUUUCCGUCAGUUACCUUCUGCAAUUUGAAUCCAUAUAAGAAGAGUUUAAUAUCUACAAAUCCGGACCUCAAAGAUACUGCAAGUCGUCCGCAGAAGGAACCCCGACCAUGCUUCUGCUACAAUAACAGCGAAGCAGGCAGUGUCAACUGCUAUGCAGCUCAACAAGAGGAAGCUAAAUGGUGGCAGAUGAGGCGAUCGACAACAACGACGAGUACAACGACGACCACCACAACUACGACCACGACGACAACUACUAUGCCAACUACUCCGCCGUACAUCAUUCCAGAAAAUAUGAGUGAACGUGCAAUGGCUCCAGAAACUGUAGCAGUUAUGGUUUUAAUCUGUUGCACUGACGACAGUGUUGCUAUGCUUACAAAAGCUAAGGAAAAUUUGGUGUUUACCGUAUCGUCUUUACCGGAAGAAAUCAGGGCAAAUUUAUCACAUGCAAAAAACGAAUUUAUCAAACAGUGUUCAUUUAAUGGUCGACAAUGCGACAUAGAGGGAGAUUUCAAGCAGCACAUUGACCCUGAAUUCGGCAACUGUUACACAUUUCAGUGUACUAACGAUACGCAUUGCAAAAGCACAAAUGCCGGUCCGACUUACGGCAUUCGAGUGGUGCUAUUUGUGAACACAUUCGAUUACAUUCCAACUUCAGAAUCUGCAGGCGUUCGAGUAGCUGUUCAUGGUAAAUCUGAAUUGCCCUAUCCGAACACCUUUGGUUACAGCGCACCUGUUGGAUUUGCUUCAUCAUUUGGUUUAAGAAAAAAAUCAGUACAGAGAUUAUCAGCACCAUACGGUGAUUGUAGAAAGGAGAAGAAGGUUGAUGACGACCGAUAUAUUUAUCCUGAUUAUGACUAUAAUACAGAGGGUUGUUAUCGCAGCUGUUUCCAGAACGAUAUGCUUAGGCAAUGUGGUUGUGGCGACCCACGUUAUCCGGUACCUAAAAACGAGGUACAUUGUAACGCUUUCAACUCCACCGCCCGAUCAUGUCUAACUCAUGCGAUUCAAGAACUCGGUGAUCCUUCUCACAGGAAAGCAAAAUGUGACUGUCGACAGCCGUGUGAUCACGACGUAUACACUGUAACCUUUUCGACGGCACGCUAUCCGUCGGGUGCUACCGAGCUCGAUGACUGUGAUGAAGUUACACAAAAUCCGAAUUGUCAAGAUUUUUAUAGCAAAAAUGCAGCUUUAGUUGAGGUGUACUACGAACAGCUAAACUAUGAACUGUUGAUUGAAAGUGAAGCAUACGGAUGGGUUAACCUUCUUGCAGACGUUGGUGGCCAUCUUGGACUUUGGAUGGGCUUCAGCGUAAUUACGGUUAUUGAGUGUUGUGAACUGUUCUUUGAAUUAGCAAAAUUUUGCUGCUGUACGCGGCUUUUGGAUCGCAAGAAAAAACGCGAUGAUGGUGGCAAUGAAACCGACGAAACAAAUUGCGAGGAUACAGAAAACAUUACACCACCGUUUAACGACGGCACCGAACAAGUGGUCAAAAAGCGUAAGAAUGAUGUUUAA